CUUCCUUGUCGGCAACAAUCUCACCAUCUCACAGCAUGGGCCAUUGCUAAGUUCAGGAGCACUGCUAUUCAUUGCGGAAUAUCUCUAGAAAGUCAGAUGUGGCGGUCCACGAACGAUGCUGGAGGAGUUGCAGGUUCGAUACGGCGGGUUUGGCAAUGGUCAUACGCCUCCGAUUAUGUUGGAUUUGCGCUGCUUCUGGCUGUGUAUACAUACGUUCAAUUCUUUGUCGAGCCUUUCCAUCGGAUGUUUAGCCUAGAUGAUCAUGCAAAACAGUAUCCCCAUGCGAUCGUCCAGCGGGUAUCCUCGCGGGAGAACAUUAUAUGGGCAGGGGGAGGACCACUGGUUCUCAUAAUGGUUUGGUCGUUGGUCUUUCGACCAGGUCUGCACAAGGCACAUGUCACGAUUCUCGGCCUCCUCAUCAGCCUCUUCCUCGCCUCGCUUCUCACCGAUAUCAUCAAAAAUGCUGUUGGCCGGCCUCGUCCUGACCUGAUCGCACGGUGUAAGCCGGAACCAGGCACACCCGAGCACCAGUUGGUGACGAUAUCUGUCUGUACGGAAACAGACCAUCACACCCUUCAUGAUGGCUGGCGCAGUUUCCCGAGCGGCCAUAGCAGUUGGGCUUUCUCCGGGUUAGGAUAUCUGGCCUUGUUCCUCGCCGGACAGCUUCGUAUCUUUCGACCGCAUGCAGACUUAGCCAAAGUCAUGGUUGUGCUAGCUCCGCUGGUGGGAGCUUCGCUUAUCGCUAUGUCACGACUGGCAGACUACAGACAUGACGUUUUUGACGUCACUUGCGGGAGUCUUUUGGGGAUGUUGGUUGCAUAUUUCUCCUACCGGCGCUAUUAUCGCCCGCUCAAGCACCCCAGAUGUGAGAUUCCAUAUCCCAACCCGGCAGACUGCGCAGCAGCAAGAAUUGCAAGCAAGGCUAGGGACUUGGAACAGCAGACCAAUGGAGAGUACUCUUUGGAUGACCUGUCUGAGGAUGAGGUGCUAGCCUAUCCUCUUACGCAUGCACAGUCGCCACGGACAGACGAGCAAUCCGCUCAUGCG